UCUUUCUUUCUCUCUGCCAUCUUGCAGGUAAAGUUGCCAGGGGUCCUGGGCUGAGAAAGUGGCCAAACCCUCCCACAGUGGGAUGUUUUCUCUGCUGCACUCUGGGCUGGUUCCUAUUCAAAUGUGGGUCAGGGGUGAGGAAGCCUAACGUCAUAAGCUUGCAACAUGGCGUCCCGAAGGCUGUGAGAUGAGCUGGAGGAUGGUAAAGAACGCUUGAGAACGAUCCUACCGAUGUAAUAAGCUUUAGGUGGUGCUCGUGUAGGAAGAGAGAGAGAGAGAGAGAGAGUGAAGGAAAGAAGGAAGGUGGAAAUGGAACUGCCAAAUCAUGCCAAACAACUGCUGCUGCAACUCAACCAGCAGAGAGCCAAGGGCUUCCUGUGUGAUGUCAUCAUCGUGGUGGAAAAUGCGCUCUUCCGCGCUCACAAGAACAUCCUCGCGGCAAGCAGCAUCUACUUCAAAUCUUUAGUCCUCCACGAUAACCUCAUUAACCUCGACACAGAGAUGGUUAACCCCUCUGUAUUCAGACAAGUUCUGGACUUCAUCUACACUGGGAAGCUCAUGUCCUCCUCAGACCAGAGCAGUGAGCAGAACUUCAGUGCCCUCUUAACCGCAGCUAGCUACCUCCAGCUCCAUGACCUCGCUGCUCUGUGCAGAAAGAAGCUCAAGCGCAGUGGCGGGAAACCACUGCCAGGUAAACCCUCCACUCCAGGUCCCCUCAGCCGCUUACGCCUCAACAACCAGCGCCUUUCCUCUUCGACCCCUGCUGGCCCAAACAACCACUAUCCUCCCACCCCUUCCGAUGCCGACCAGCCACAGCCGGAUGACGGCCUUCGGGACAAGCUCUCAGACGAUGAGAUGUUUGUCGGCAGCUCUGGGAGGAAUGGGAAUGGGGGGAAUGGCAGCAGUAAUGGUAACCUCAGCAGUGCAGGAAGUGCUGGAGAGCCAGACCUUGGACUAGACCUGUCCAAGAAGAGCCCUCCCUCUGCGGGCACAGUAACUGAUGCCCUCAGCCCAAACAGCAACUCCCAAGAAUCCCCUCAAUCUGCCUCAGUAUCCACAACCAACAGUGCCUCACUGGAUGACUCCUCCACCACCUUACCAGGAGUUGACACAUGUGGCUCAGAGACCACAGAGCUCAACUCCUCCUCCAAAGCCUCAGAGGAAAUUCAGCCUGAUGGCCCGCCCCCCCAGAAGAAGUCCAGACAGGGUGCUCGCAAGAAUGAAUGGCCUAAGAGAGAGGCGUCAGGGCUGAAGUCUGAAGACCACGAGAAGCCCCUGGUUAACGGGGUUAUUGUGGGGCCUAAAGAGCGCUCCUCUGGGGCCGGAGGGGGAAGUGGCAGCAGCUUCACCUCUGACCAGUGUAAAGAUGAGGAAGAAGGAGGAGAAAACGGUCAGGACCACAGUGAAGAGAGUGGGCAAAGUGAUGGGGAGAGUGCAGGAGGCGGAGCAGGAGGAGGAAACGGUGCAAACUAUGUGUAUCGACAGGAGGGUUUUGAGCCAGCAUUCGGAGACAACCUCUAUGUGUGUAUUCCCUGUGGUAAGGGCUUCCCCAGUUCAGAGCAGCUCAACGCUCAUGUGGAGUCACACACCGAGGAUGAGCUUUACAUCAAAGAGGAGGGAGGGACCUUUGUGAAAGAGGAAGACGAGGAGGAGGCAGAGGACCUCUCUGCACCGGUGGGUCCCUCCACUUUUGGCUCUGAAACACGUCCGUUCAAGUGUACAGUCUGCAGUAAGAGUUACAAAGACCCGGCAACGCUGAGACAGCACGAAAAGAGCCAUUGGCUGACCAGGCCUUUCCCCUGCAACAUCUGCGGCAAAAUGUUCACCCAGAGGGGCACCAUGACACGCCACAUGCGCAGCCACCUUGGCCUCAAGCCGUUUGCUUGCGAAGAGUGUGGCAUGCGCUUCACACGCCAGUACCGUCUGACAGAGCACAUGCGUGUCCACUCUGGGGAGAAGCCGUACGAAUGCCAGCUAUGCGGGGGGAAGUUUACCCAGCAGCGCAACCUCAUCAGUCACCUGAGAAUGCACACCUCACCCUCCUAGAAAUGCACCAAGCCAAAGAACUCUGGGAAAAGAAAAACAGAAACAUUUCUCUAGCUUUUUUCCAUCUCAACAGCAAAGAAACGCACACGAACACGUUCACAAGCAGACACAGACGGUUCAAAAUAUUAAUUCCAGUUUACGAUGCCCUGGCUAAGUGAAUGAUGUAGCUGUUAGCCAUGUGGGGCUCUUGGUGACGGUGGGAUCUUGUGGAUGCAAGGAUCAUGUCAUCAUUUCUAUCAAGAGAUGUCUGCUCACCUCUCAGGAGUUCUAGAGGGACGUUAACUCCUGUCUCUCUCCAAAGUCACAAAGCCAUGGUGGAGUGGCAUGACUUCUGGUCUGUGUUGCAAGUCUGUCAAAUGUGAAUGUGGGUACUGAUAUGAUAUCAAGCGCCCUCACCUCAUAUCCCUCAGCAGCCUUUCUCUCUUCUACCUGUGAGUCUUUGAGUUUUUCAGACUGUUCCUGGAACUGAUUAACUCUCGAUUGUUCCCCUUCUGUACUCCAGUGCUACUAUGACCAAAAACACGUGCAAACAAUACUGGCAAUAAUUCAGCAAAAAGAAAAUUUCUACCCUGACAGCUUUAUAUCCUUUGUUAUGUUGGUGAUGGGGAUCUGUGUGUUAGAGGAGGGGUUACUGGGUUUGGGACCAUCUCCAUGCUUUAACUGAAAGUUCUGAUAGAAAGUUCAGAGUAGGAUGACAUCGGAUUAAGAUUUAGUUUUACAGACGACAAAUACACAAAGUCCUCCUUACAGCUGUAACAGAGGAUUAAGUUGUCUUUUGGGUUUUGCCUGCUAGUGCUCCCAGGAAUGAAUCCUGGGGGAAUGAUAAACCCCUUGAGGUACUUGUUUUACUUAAAGAACUUGUAAUGUUUCAGUGAAUGUUUAAACUGGAAGGUCUUGGGAUUUUUCUUGUGGAGGGGAGGGCUUUAAGUGGGUGGGGUGGGUAGUUUGAUGGGGGGGGUUCUAGACUGAACAUUCUGUUCAGUGGGUACGUUUAUUUUUUUGUCUGUAAAGCUUUCCUCCCCUCAGAAAAAAAGAAAAGUCUAUUUAUAUAGGCUUGUGACCUCGCUACCUCUGAUUACUCUUACAAACUCUAUGUUGAUUAGUUGAAAGUUCCUAUGUAAUUAAUUGUACAAAGUGUGUAGAUUAUGGUAACUUUUCACCUGAUGCUUUAACCUGCCCAUCUCUCAACACAGGUUUUUAAUGCUCAUAGAUUUUACACAUUUAAUAUUGUUUUUAGCUGUUGUUUUUACUUGUCAAAUAUAGCUUUUUCGGGGCCCUGUUCAGUGUGGCCCCACCUCAAAGUGUACUGUAGCUUCCUGCCUGGAGCAAAUAGUGGUUAGUUAGUGUAGAUGUAUAGUGUUCCAAAGAUCUUAUGAAUGUUGAGGAGAACAGAGCUAACUAACAAACUUUGCUAGACAAGUUCAUAACCAAAGUUUUUAAAAAGAUGUACUUAAGAUAUAUAGCAUACUAAAUUAUUUCACUUUUGAUUUUCUUUUUGCUGUAUAAAACAAAUUAUGAAUUAUAUUCUAAGUCCAGACAAAGAAAUCCACUCUUUCGAUGGAAUUUUGGCCAAUGACUCUGACACUGAGGAAGGUUCUUGUUGUUUGCAAGGAAAGCUUGUGCUGAUUGGUGGGCCGGUAAUAUGUGAACUUUACCAGCGAACGAAAGUGGUAAAGUUAAAAAGACAUGUUCCCCGGACAUGUUUCUUUUUUGUUUUGUUUGUUUGUAUCCAGAGUCCUUAUCACUUUAUAUUCCCUGACUUUAAAAACAGGACUUGAUGACAUUGUAUGUGUUCUGUUCAGACCAAAAAAAGAAAAAGAAAAAAAAGAUAGGAAUUAUAAUCAGAAUUUUAAUGUGAAGUUCAAGUUGCUUGUUAGUUUUGAACCAGGCUUGUGAAAACUUGUAAUAAGAAGGGAGAAGCAUAGAUGCACUGGACAGCUGGACAGCUCAUCGGUCUCCUGCAGCAUCCUUUAGUUUCUGAUUGUAUUCCAUUAUAUCCCCGAUUGAUUUUAAAUUAUUUUAAACCUCUAAAGCUUUACCUCAUUGUAAACAACAAUACGUUGGGAAUGACCCCUCUGUUGUCUGUGCGUUUCACUGAAGCCUGUCCAGUGUAUCUACUCUUUACAGUCACACUGUGGAGCAUGAACCUUUACUACAAGUUUUUGGUAUAGGCAUUCCUCUGUUAUGUUGGUUUAACUGUCUUCUUGAUUAUUUUUUUUUAAUUCCUCUUUAGUCCUCAUGUUAUGGUCUGUGAAAUGUUUGUUUUCAUGGGGAUGCAGCUACAGUUACACAAACAUUACUACCGUUUUAAGGUACCUGCGUCCUGGACUCCCACAGUUGUUACCUGUUUAUGUUGGAUGUUGGUGUCUUGCUGUUAAGCAGUUGCUGUUUUAGUGAUUGCAUGGUACAUCUUUGAAUUUUCACACUCCCCCCCAACCACACCCGUUAUUUAUCGCCUGAUCCAUUGUUGCUUGUGACCUCUUCUAGCUUAAGAUGGAGUCCACAAUGCAUUGCCUUCAAACGUUAAUGUACUUGUCAGCACUUACUGCAGUACAGCAUAAUGUCUGUCAUGCAAACAGUGUUUUUGUACAACAGAAUCUCUAGCCAUCUCUGCAAGACUUUGCAGCUGCAUUUGAAUGCUUGCUUGUUUGACAUUACUAAGAAAAAAAACUAUGAACUCCAAACUGUGACCAUACUACUACUACUACUAUAACUAUUACUACUACUAGUACUACUACUCAAAUACUUCAGGGAUUGUUCUGCAUCUGUGAAUGCAGACUCUCAGCUACAUUUGUAAGACAUAGUAUUGUAUCGAUUUCUCUGUAUUUUAAUCAUGGGAAAAGCAGAACACUAGUUUCAUAUUUAAGACAAACAGGGGGGUACUUUUUCAACUAACACAAAGAGCCUUGACAAAGGCGAGGCAGCUCGAAACAAGUCUACAUUUUAGUUAGUAACUCACUAUGUUCAGAAAUAGUUGCAAAGUUGUACAAAGAACUAAGAAGAAAAAAAAAGCUCAUACCCAAAUCCACAAACUAUUUUUUAAACCAAAGCACAUUUGAAUGAUUAUGGAACCAUGUGUGGCUCUAAAAAAAUGAAACAUAUGUAUUUAUCUCAUUGUUUACAUAAACUUUAACAGUUUUACAGACCUCAGUCGGGGCUCGGCCAGUCAGAGAGGUGGUUUUGUGUGUAUUUUUUUAAAAGAUGCUUUUCCACAGAGGUUGCUGCCAAAACAAAAGCGUAGCGUCAAACAUGGGGUGAACUGCUGCAUAUUCAUUUAAGGGGAAGGCUGUGAGGUUCAGGGGCACCCCCCACCCUCUGCCAGCUGGCUUUGGGGUGACCCUGCACCCCGAUCCCCCCUGCCCUCUGGCCUGUCUUCAGAUGGGACCGCAGCUAUGGGGGUGGGCAGUGCGUCCUUGACGUAUUAAUCAAAAAGGCAUUGUUAGUCAGGGUCUUAAGCUCACUGUUGUGUCUCUGUGUUUACCCAAAUGCACUUGAGGACUACCUCUGCUGAUUGGGUCUCUUAAUAUGUAGGAGUGGGUGGGUGAUGCUUGAAUGGUUGGGGUUGUUUUAGUACCACGGUACAUCUCUUAUGCUGGCGGUUCUUGAAACCUAUCUGGAGAAUGUAGCUUUGAUUUGUUCUCUGCAUGUAAACAGGCUUCUCUGGUAGUCUUAACUGUGAAUGUUAUUGUUGUAUUUCUGCUUUUUAUGAUGUUUUAAGACUAUUGUUUUCUUUAGCUGCCGGUGUUCUGUGGGUAAAAGCAGCACAAACCUCUGGCUGGCCGGGCCUCAUACAAAGUUGGUGCAAACACUUAUUAACAGUGUUCUUUUUUUAUCAAAUGUCUAUUGUCAGUGAUGAAUGUAUUUAUUUCUGGUCCUGCCUUCACCUCUGAAAGAUUAUUCUCAGUGUGUGAGACUGAGGUGGAGGCAGGACCCCCUUUUUUUGUUUUUGUUUUGAGGAUUUCAAGCUGAGAAUCAAAAUUACGACACAAAACAUAGCCAUUAACCACAAUCUGUGAAGUUGACUCUUUUUAUGGGAGAACAGAUUUUUUUUCCAACUCAAAGAAAAUAGUCAAUGGCAUUUAUUAUCUUCUUUACCUGACAUUCUGUAUGGUUAUUAUUUCAUGUGAUUCACCGUGGGUGUUUUUCGCCCACGUUUUUGAGUUCUCACUGAAUGACUGCACACUAGGAGGGUUGAACUUUAACCCUUUGUGUGUGUCUGUGGACACAGGCAGGACGCUGUGACCUGCCUGUGCAGAAAGGAGGCUACUGUACCUUAUCCAGCUUGCUCUGUCUGGGUGUUGCCAUGCUGCUGCCAACAGAAAAAUAAAACACCAUUCUCACACCAAAAACAUGCACAUAACCAACACUUGGUCUCGCCGCUGAAUGUUAGAGUUCCUGUGACUAUUGUUACAUUUCUUGUCUUAAACCACUUGCCACUUCUUCCAUCUCUUAUUCAUGACGUUUGUGUAUUUUAGCGUCUGAUAGUUCUUCAGCGGAGGGUUGAGAUAGCUUUACUAAGUGCACUUUGUAUGUUUUUCAAAGCCUCUGGGAAGGCCCAGGCGCUCUCAUAUCACUUCCCACUAAACUGACAGUUUGCUCGUUGUAUUUCUCCUCUUACCUCAUCGUCGUUACUUGUGUGUUAGUGGAAAUGUCAUAUAAGUAUGCAGUGUUACAAAAGCUUUAAAACUAAUAUACAAAGCAGGAAAUGUGACUGAGUGGCUGUACUCGGCGUGGAGCAUUUAAGUUUUUAAUCUCACGUCUCUGUCGUUAAAACUCGUAUGGAUGUUACUUUUACCAUCUUCUUUAGCAUUUUGUAUGGAAGAGGGGCUGGUUUGUCUUGUUAGAUCGGAGAUGCUCUGUCUUACUUCGCAGACUGAACCAAAGCACGUUUUAAGAUGGCCUCUAGUGCCAUUAAAGCAGCGAUAAGCUUUACUGCCCCUUGCUUUAUCUCAGUUACACCUGACCCCGAGUGUUAGCUCUUUGACCCUCUAAACUCACUGUUACUGCCCACAUGACAAAAUUUUCCCUGCUGCAUUUUCAAUUUCACAUCAGUAUUUACUGUACCUCCAGUGACGCUGUGCAGUAGUGACUAAAACAACAGAAACACCAAAUUACCUCAAAACUUUAGUGUUUACAGCUAUCUUGCCAUUUAAUCUCAGCGUUAAUUUUUAUAUUUUUUUUGCCAUCCACGUGCUACCAAAAUAUGCUUUUAGACAGGAUUCUGUAGCGGCAUAUUUUCAUACCUAAACUUUUAAAGUAAUUUAACUUUUUAAAGACACAGUGUCACCUUGAUGUGAUGCUAGGUUAAUGGAAAGACAUGCUAAGCUGCUAAAAACUAGUACUAGAAGAGUUGAUUAGUGAAGCUGCCCAUGCGGUGGGUGUAUCAGGCUUCCUCUCUGGUCUCUUUUCUGCAGGAAGAUCCUCUCAAUAAUGUAUCAGGAUCUGUGGGGCUGAGAGGCUCUGGAAUGGACAUGUAGGGUCUUUGCUGAUGAAUAAUUAAAAGGCCAAGAAGCCACUCCCCCUUGGCAAACACAUCUCAUGCAGAGGUGUACUAACCCAGGUGCACUUUUGCUGGCAUGUAUGCAUGCACACAGAAAAGAGAUGCCACGUCUAGACUUCAAACACAACAUCUCACGCACACACCAGUAUUUAAGGUGAGACUCUGUGACCCCCUUUUCUUGGCUUUUGGCAACACCCAGGCCGGGCUCUCGCUUUAUCUCCACUCCUCAGAGAGCUCGUGUUCAGGUCAGAGCAGCCGUCGUGCAUAGCGACGGGGCUCGCAAACUCAAAGUGUCAUAAAAUGUAAUACAGCUGACCUCAGCUCUCACAACCUUGCAGUCUUAAUGUACAGCAGUGAGGAAAAAUAAACUGUUAUUUUAUGAUCUUUUCAUUAAAAGCUUGAUUGAAAACCAA